AUGAGCCCCGGAAUCGAUUUCGACCGCAAUACGAUGUUAUUAACCCAAACUGCGCACUUCGAAACUUCGGACUUCGAAAGCCUGGGUAGAUUAGACGUGCUCAGCCUGGCAGAUACGAUGGAGAACGACCAGAAUGCGGUUUACGACGAUUUCAAGGAAACCCGUGAUAAUUUAUACGUCGAUGAUUUAAUUACGGGGGGAGAGAACGUGGAAUCCGUGGCAGGGAAAGGAUCGCAAGCAAUCGAGGUGUUUGAAGAUGCGACAUUCAAAUUUCACAAGUGGCACUCGAGUGAUCUUACCUUAGAGAACCACAACCAGUCGAGUCCAGCCAACGAAGAUGAAAUGACCUACGCCAAAGAACAACUUGGAUCGGGAAAGUGCGAUACGAAACUCUUAGGACUUCCGUGGAACAAAAUUGAAGAUACCGUGAGCAUUGUAACCUCGCCGCCUCGGAAGAAUAUAGCAACGAAACGUGAAGCGCUCUCGGAGCUUGCAAAAAUCUAUGACCCCCUUGGGUUGGUAUCUCCAACGACGUUAAUGGCAAAGAUACAUUAUCGUGAGAUGUGUGAAGCGAAACUUCCAUGGGACGGAGAGUUGUGCGAAGCGACGAAACGACGGUGGGAAGAAUGGGGAGCCCUGAUUUCUAAGAAAUGUACCAUUCCACGUACCUUGGCCCCAGUCCACCAACGUAUAAUAGCGGUUACCCUCCAUGCCUUCGGUGAUGCAAGUAAGUCGGGUGUCUCGUCAGUAGUGUACGCAGUGGUGCAGCAAGAGGAGACUAAGACUCAAGGUUUGGUUUGCGCAAAAUCACGUUUGGCCAAACAAAACCUUACAAUCCAGGGUCUCGAGCUCGUGUCAGCACAUAUGGCCGCCAAUCUUGUGUCAAAUGUCGAAAGGGUAAUUGAAAACUACGAAGUGAACGGAACUCAUUGUUGGAGUGACUCUACUGUGGCCCUGUAUUGGAUUAACGGACAAGGAGAGUAUCAACAAUUCGUGUCAAAUCGCGUGAGGAAAAUUCGAGAGCACAGUAGCAUCCAGUGGCAUUACGUUCCGACCGAAGAAAACCCAGCGGAUAUCGGAAGUCGAGGUGGAAGCACAGUGAAUAAUGAGUUGUGGAAGAACGGUCCAGAAUGGCUGAGUGAUUCCAAGACGUGGCCGAAAUCCGCGAUAAUUGAAUCCACUCCAGAAACAAACGCCGAAGCAAAGGUUACGAAAGGUAUUCUUGCCACAGCAAUAACGCGUGAUGACGAUCGCAUGGACAAGCUCCUCGAAGCCCAUGGCUUACGGAAAGUCACCCGAAUCGGUGCAAGGGUUAGAAGAUUUGUCAACAAUUCGAAGUGUCCCAUCAGCGAACGUGAAACCGGACCGUUAAAAACAGCCGAGAUCCGAGAUCAGUAUCUUUGGUGGACCAAAAGAGCACAGCAAGACGCAGCGAUUAACGGUGAGAUCGAGAAGUCGAAGGUACAACUAAAUCUUCAGCUGAACGGGGAGGGAGUCUUGGAAUGUCGAGGCCGAAUCGAUGGAGAUUACCCUAUAUUCCUUCCACAAGAUCACCUCUUCACUCGUAAACUGGUCGAACAAGCUCACCUCACCACUCUUCACGGCGGAGUUGCCAUGACUAUGGCAAAGAUCAGAGAUCAUUACUGGGUCCCAAAGCUACGACAGCUUGUUAAACGUGUGCGGAGCGAUUGCUGGGAUUGCAAACGGCUUCGAGUGCAAUCAUACGAGAACCCACCCCCCGGAAACCUGCCUACCACUCGUACGCAAGGAACUACUCCCUUCGAAGUUCUCGGUGUCGAUUUCGCGGGUCUGAUCCGGUAUCAGACAAAAGGGAAAACCUCAAAGAAAGCGUAUUUGGUUCUGUACGGAUGUAGUGUUACGAGGGCUGAACGGAAAACGGCGUACUCGAAAGGGCGAUCCAGCAUUUAUACCCACUUGAGUUGUCCAUCGAAGAAAAGAACUGGGAACCUAAUCCCUCCGCUCCCACCUUCAUUCCUCGGCCAAAAAGAGACGCAGCCGUAG